CCUUCGUACGGACGGUGCUCCCCGGCUCCUCGUAUCAGGCGGUGCAGCCAUGAUAGCGGGCUCGGCUGAGUAGCACAGGGGGCCCUGUCUGUCAAACGCACCUGGCGCUGCACGUGGAGGUCUCGGUAUGCCCCUAUGUGCCCGGCUCUUGCCCCCCACCGGAGGAUCCAAGCCACGCGGGCCCUGCUCUCCCCUCUGCCAUGCGGGUUAGAUAGAUCGGAGCAGCCAGUCGCUUGUUUGUACUCGGGAUUCGGCCUCGGAAGCGGGCAGCGAUGGAUGGGGACCGGGUGAGAGGCGCCGAGCCGGCAGCCAGCGGUGUCAGUAAGGAGGAGGCGGCCAUGGACACUUACCUAAGGUCUAAGGGACUGUACAGGAAGAAGAUCGCUAAGGACGGCUCUUGUCUGUUCAGGGCAGUGGCGGAGCAGGUUUUGCACUCUCAGGCACGACACUUAGAAGUCAGGAAAUCCUGUAUAAAGUAUCUGCGUGAGAACAGGGCCCUCUUUGAAGCUUUUAUUGAAGGCUCUUUUGAUGAACAUUUGAAACGUCUAGAAAAUCCACAGGAAUGGGUUGGCCAAGUGGAGAUAAGUGCCCUUUCUUUAAUGUUCAAAAAAGAAUUUGUAAUUUAUCAAGAGCCAGAUGUUGCUCCUGCUCGUGUUACCGAUAACGGCUUCAGUGGCGAGAUAAUGUUAUGCUUCUCUAAUGGAAAUCAUUAUGACAUCAUUUACCCUUCUGGAUUUGCUGAAAAAGCUGCAUUGUGCCAAUCUAUAAUUUAUGAGUUGCUUUAUGAAAAAGUGUUUGGGGUCAACGUGACAAAACACAUGUUUAAAACAGAAGCAUUGGACUGGAAAGGUGAAGAAGAGGUCCACGACAGUGAUGCUUCAGGAUCUGAUGGAGACGAUGAUGCAGCUGGCUGCAGAGAUAAUGUGAAUUUUGCUGGUAUGAAUGGAUUUAAAUCGCACAAGGAUGGGAAGCCACCACAGAUAAAGGAAGGUCAUUCAGUGGUGCCAGCAGCUGCCCUUCGAUCUCUUAAUCCAACAGUUUUUAGAAAUGUUGAGUAUGAAGUCUGGAUGAAGGCACAAAGGGAUCAGCAACGGCUGGAUUUCUCCAUUGCUGCUGGCCUGCAGUAUUCUGUGGGAGACAAAUGCAAAGUUCGAUUAGAGCAUGGAGGAGCUUUAUAUAAUGCUCACAUCCAAGACGUUGCUGAGAGUGGACCAGCUGUGGUGUUUGUGGAAGAGCUGGGUGAAAAAAAAGUUGUUCCACUGAAACACCUUAAACCAGCCCAAUUGACCGUCGGCAAUAAUGAUGGCUGGAGCACUGUUGCGGGGAAGAAGAUAAAAAAGCCUUCCGUGAGUGGCACGGUGGUGCAGUUCGAGAAAGAUAACCGAGGACAGAAGAGUUUAGUUAAACCACACAAGACUCAGUCUGUACCUUCUCCGCGCCUGCAGCAAGCCUCUGGAAUCAAGCAGCAUGGACUUCCUGCAGAUCAGACUUCCCUGAGUGAGAGCAAAGGACAAAGCAAGGCUUCAAAAGUGCCUGGAAGAAAGCUUGAUCGAGAAAGAGGUGACGAGUCAAGCUUCUACAAAAGGGAGAAUGUCCACUUUGGCCUGACUCCAGAAGAACGCAGAGAGAAACAAGUAAUUGAGGAGUCCAAGUCUUUGUAUGAGAUGCAGAACAGAGAUACCGAUGCAUUUCCAACCCUUUCUGCUUCUAUAGUCGAUGCUGCUGCUUCAGGUUCUGAAACGAAAAAGAAUCCGACAGUAAAUCGAGAGAAGAGUGCCAGGAGAAAGUCAGAAGAUGACCCGAGGGCUAAAGCUUCCAAACUGGCUCAACCUGCAAGAGUGGAUGAUCAGAAAACAAGUGAGGAAACAAAGCCACCUGCUACCUCUGAUGAAGCUGUUGUGAUGCCUAAUGUCACUGUUCUUCCGACCCCUGCUGAACAGCAGACACCCACCACAGUGCCUUCUCAACCCCCAGUAGUGACACCUUGGUCAGGUAUUUCAGCACCAGUAUCGACUUGUGCUGAAACCACUUCUGACUCUGCUGUGUUAGAACCUCAGGUGACAUCAACCUUCUCACCACUACCCGCUUCAAUGCCAGCAGUUAGCCAACACUUACUGCCAAUGCCUCAGGCCUUGAGUCCUUACCAAGAUCCUCUUUAUCCCGGAUUCCCUGUGAAUGAAAAGGGGGAAAGGAUUACUUCCCCACCUCCCUAUUCCUAUUGUAAGAAUGGAAGUGAUCUCCCUAGUGAUAAAUGCAUCCUUCAUUUCUUCUAUAAUCUUGGCGUUAAGGCUUACACAUGUCCAAUGUGGCCCCCACAUUUAUAUUUGCAUCCUCUUCAUCAAGCCUACUUAAAUGUGUGCAGGAUAUAUCCAAAUAUUCCUGUUUACCCUCAAAACAGUUGGAUGCAAGACGUCACUGUAAAUCCAAAUGACGCAGACCCUUCACUGUUAGUACCCCAGAAUGAAGUGAGGUAUGAUGACCAGUGUUCACAGCCAGCUACUUUAUGCUCUUCAGCGCCCCUUACACCAUCUGUCCAAGUUCCUGAAAUAGCAGGACACCUUUCAUCCCAAGCUAAUGAAUUGGAGGACAAGCUCCACUUCCAACCCAUGGUAGGUGACUGUGAAGGCACCCAGGCAAGCAAGGCAAUAUUCCCACAACCUCAUUUUGGGCAAGGCUCUUACAUGGGGCAUCUUCCAGUAGCUCCCCAAGUUUUUUCACAAGUGUGGUAUGGAUAUCCAUAUCAAGGAUACAUUGAGAACCCAGUGGUACAACAUAAUGUUUAUAUCCCCCCUCAGAGUAGAAAUGUGCCUGCCAGCACUUUGUCUGUUGAUGUUGCAGAAUGCAGCUCAGUUGAAGGAACUAUAAAGCAGCACCAAGAGCUAAUGCAUGAAAGCAGACCAGAUAUGCCUUUGUUUAUUAAUGUCGCUGCUGUUGAAGAGCUGGUCAAACCAGGACAGCAAAUACAUUUAGAUAGUCCUGAGAUGGUUGAUCAGAAGAGCCUUAUUGAAAAAGUGCCUGAAAGCCGGGUGUUGCCAUCAGUUGUAACUAAAACCUCAGAAGAACAGAGGUCCACUGACCAAGUCAGACAGUUAACCACAGAGACCGCAUCUGUAAACCCACCUGAAGACAGACCACUGAGGGCAAAAGAGGAGAGCUCAGAGGAUGAGAGGGAAAUAUGUAAUAUAUUGAGUGGUGGCAGAUCAAAGAACUUCUACAACCAGUCAUAUGGGAACAGGAGGUUCAGAAAUGAGAAAUUUCAUCAACCCAACAGAGGUGGCUACCAGUAUUCGAGAAAUGAGGAGGCCUGGAGGGGAGCAAGAGGCAGGGAAGAUGGCUAUCCACACUACAGAAGUUACAGGGGAAGGCCGAAUCGAAGACGGCCGAUGGGGGAGCCAUAUAGGCAAUACCAUGAAUAGAAUUGCAGAGUGAGUUUGUAUUUAUUUGGACAGUUUACUUAAGAUAAUAAAAUACAGAAUCUAUUUAAUAUUUGGGUUCAGGGAAAAGUUUCAAAUAGUUUGUAGCCAUAGACUUUCUUUUGGCUGAAUUUGUAGGGUUUUUUUUCUCUCUUUAAUAUAUAGACUCACUAGUGGGGAUUGUUUCAAAUGUUUUGUUUGUAGAAAUAGAAUUUAUCAUAUGAAACCGUUGUUUCGAGGAGGACCCUUAAUGUAGAUGGUGGCCUCCUCAGCAUUGGCACAUUUCUCAGUAUGUUAAUGCAGUGAAAAUUGUCAUGCCAAAUAGCGAUUGUCAUAUUUUUAACUUGCCUUAGAGUGCUUUAGACAUUUUACAAAGCUCAGUAUGAUAAAACUGCUUUUGAUUGUGCUUCAAUUCCCAAAGGCCUUUGAUUUUGUGAGAUCGACAACCUCCUAUUUAGCACUGCAGGGGUGAAACUAAACUUGAAUGUUGUUUCCUGUUGUGGCUUACUGUAAAUAUGACAUUGUUUAAC